AGCGAAGAAAAGGUCCAAAAACCCUCGAAAGUCUCUAACUCCAACGAAGGCAAGGAAUGGCGAAGAAGAACAAGAAGCAGGCAACAGAGGGCGAGGUGGAACCGGAACUCAACACCAACAAUGACGACAGCGAUGAUUCUCACAAUAAGAAGAAACUUAAGAAAAAGAAUAAGAAGAUGAAAAUACCCACAGUUAGCAUAGCCGUGCCUGGUUCCAUCAUUGACAACGUUCCAACUCUCGAGCUCGCUACCCGGUUGGCUGGUCAAAUCGCUCGUGCCGCAACCAUUUUCCGAAUCAACGAGGUGGUUGUGUUCGACAAUAAAAGUAACCCAGAUAAUGAUUCCGUGCUGGAUAAUUCGAAUGAUGAAAGUGGUGCCUCUUUUCUGAUGCAAAUCCUGCAGUAUCUUGAGACACCUCAGUAUUUGAGGAAGGCUCUUUUUCCAAUGCAUAACAGCCUACGAUUUGUGGGCCUGUUGCCACCUCUUGAUGCUCCACACCAUUUGCGCAAACAUGAAUGGGGUCCUUAUCGAGAAGGUGUCACUGUAAAAGAAAGACACUUGAACUCAGGGGCAACGCUAGUUGAUGUUGGGUUAGUGAAGAAUGUUAUAGUUGACCAAAUAUUUAAACCAGGAAGAAGAGUUACUGUUGCCAUGGGUACCGACCGAAAUUUGGAUUCUGAUUUACCACGCCAGGUCGUCUCAUCAUCUAAGCCUACUAGGGAAGAAGGAACAUAUUGGGGAUAUCAAGUGCGUUAUGCACAUAAUAUUAGUGCAGUAUUUAAGGAUUGUGCAUACAAGCGUGGCUAUGAUUUUAUAAUUGGUACCUCUGAGCAUGGUCAGAUUAUUAAGUCUUCUGAUCUUGAAAUACCUUCUUUCAGACAUUUAUUGAUUGCCUUUGGUGGACUGGCUGGGUUGGAAGAGAGUAUUGAAGAAGAUGAUAACUUAAAGGGAAAAAAGGCACAGGAUGCAUUCAAUUUAUAUUUAAAUACAUGUCCACAUCAGGGCAGCCGAACAAUUCGAACAGAGGAAGCUAUUUUGAUCUCUCUCCAGUACUUCCAAGAACCGAUCAGCCGAGCAUUGCAGUGUUGAACAUUGUUGAAGUCUUAAAAUUCAUAUAGUCAAGGCAUUGAUUCUCCAAAUUCUGGCUGAAACUGAGACGAAGGCAUUAGUUCAAAACAAAUUAGAAAUUGUCCUUCCGCCUCAUCCCAAAGUGGCCAUCAUGUGGCAGGAUUCUUUUUCCAACAAUACAUGUUAACGAGAAUAGUGUUCCAACAAUACAUGUUACUGAGAAAUGGGAGUUGCUAUGGAAUCUAUUGGAUAACUACCAUUACAUCAGAAGGAAUAGAUGUUAACGUUAUGCACAAUUGUGUUAAGCUUCACGAUCACUCUGCCUUUUCCUUCUGUUUGGAGCCUUAUAAAGAUAGCUCAAACUAUAAGGGUUGAUAUAAUAAUACCAACAUCAAGUAGUGUCAAUAUAUUCUUUUUGGCGUUGUUAUAA